GGAGGACUUAGAAAAGGAAAGCUAGGUCAUGGCUGCCAUGGCGAUGUCUGCACUCGGUGUGCCCGCGCGCACGGCACCCACGUUCACGUCGCCGGUGCGGUUAGUUGGCGGCGCGCCAGCUUCGCCGCGCAGGCGAAGGCCGGAUGUGUCCCGGGGGCCCGUCUGCUUGCUGGCCGCUCUCGUCGCGCGGGCGCGGUUCUCGCGCGGUUCAGCUCGCAGCUGCAGAAGGGCUGCGAAGGAGGAGAGCCGAGAAGUGGAGUUCUUUGAGCUGAAUUGGAAGAAAGAGCUCAGCUCCACCACGGUGCUGCAGCGCUUGAGCAAGCCCAAGCUGCCGGACGCCUUCACCCUGCUGGGGGAUCUCGCAACCUGCGGGCUGGUUGCUCCCAUGCUCAGCACCUUCUCCCUGCUAGUGGGGCUGUCGAAGCCCGACUGGCUCAGGCUCCUCUCAGACACCGACAAGAACUUUGCGUUCCCGGCCUACGGCCACGGGUUGCUCUUUUGCCUCUCUUGGAUCUUCGGUGGACUUGCCAUGGGCGCUUUCGAGGCCAAUGCCACCAACUCCAGGAACCUUCUGGAGACGAUCCAGCGUAACGCGCUGGCGGCAUGUGCUACGUUUUACGUCGCCAGCACGGUGUGGCUGGUUUUGUCUGGCUCGGGGCUUCUGGAAGACGCCUAUUCGGUGACGGGGUAUGUCACGGGGACGCACGUCACUCCAUCCUACCGGGACUUCUUUUUCGACCAGCUCCUUGAGGUGUCCUGCCUCGUGGCCUGGCGCUUCGUGCGCGCCGUCUUCCUGGCCGAGAGCUCCAAGCAAGAGAAGGGCGCGGUGGACGCGCGGUUGCUCUUUGGGGACAUGCUGGUCGCUGGAGUGAUCACACCUGCGAUCAUCAUUGUUGUCUUCGCAAACACGCAGAUGUAUACUCCGCUGUGGACCGUCUUGUGGGACGCCACGGACUACGGCAUGGGCAAGGCCAUCCUGGCUCAUGGCUCGGUUUUGACGAGCUGUUGGCUGGCCGGGGCGCUGCUGGUGGGGGCCUACUCCAAGGAUGCCACGGAGCCGUCGGACCUUGCGGCCACGGUGAAGUGCGUCUGGAGCUCCGGGGCCGUGGCGGCCGCGCUGCUGGCGGCCUGCUCCCUGCUCAGCCUGAUCUUCCUUGAUUCGCGAGGGGCGUACCUGACUGCCUUCGACGCGGACCGCACGCUACAACAGCAGUUCUUCGACUUCCUUACAGACGUGGAGUUCGGGGCCAUUUGCCUCACCACCUGGCGCUUGUACUUUGCUGGCUACUUCUGAGGAAACCAUCCAGCACUGGGAAGUGGAAAGUGGAUCGCUGAUAAUCUUUGGC